CCCUGCCUGCCUGCCUGCCUCCUUCCUUCCCCGGCCGCCGGUCGGUCCUUACUUCGCCCUGCCCGGCGGGGCCGGCAACCGCGCCCCCUCCCGGCUCGGCUGCCUGUCCCUCUUCGGGCCCGGGAGGGAGGGAGGAAGGAGGCCGGCGGACCGGCAGAGCCCUCCUCCAGGCCCAGAGGAAGGAAGGUGAGCCGAAGCAGGAGCCCCCAAAAUGGCCGGCGCCUCCGUCAAAGUGGCAGUGCGGGUGCGCCCCUUCAACGCCCGCGAGAUCAGCCGGGAGGCCAAGUGCGUCAUUCAGAUGCAGGGAAAAACCACCUGCAUCGCCAACCCCAAGCAGGCCAAAGACACCCUCAAGAGCUUCACUUUCGACUAUUCCUACUGGUCUCACACCUCGGAGGAGGACCCCAACUUUGCCUCCCAGAGGCAAGUCUACAAAGACAUUGGCGAAGAGAUGCUGCUCCACGCUUUCGAGGGCUACAACGUCUGCAUCUUCGCCUAUGGCCAGACCGGGGCCGGCAAGUCCUACACCAUGAUGGGCAAGCAGGAGGCAGACCAACAGGGCAUCAUCCCCCAGCUCUGCGAAGACCUCUUUGCCCGAGUGAACGAAAACAAGUCCCCCAACCUCUCCCACUCCGUGGAGGUGAGCUACAUGGAGAUCUACUGUGAGCGCGUGCGUGACCUCCUGAACCCCAAGAGCCGGGGCAACCUGCGCGUGAGAGAGCACCCCAUCAUGGGUCCCUACGUGGAAGACCUCUCCAAACUGGCCGUCACUUCCUACGAAGACAUCGCCGACCUCAUGGACUGUGGCAACAAAGCCAGGACCGUCGCUGCCACCAACAUGAAUGAGACCAGCAGCCGCUCCCACGCCGUCUUCACCAUUGUCUUCACACAGCGGCGCCACGACGAACUGACCGACCUGGACACUGAGAAGGUCAGCAAAAUCAGCCUCGUGGACCUGGCGGGAAGCGAGCGGGCAGAUUCCUCCGGAGCAAAGGGCAUGAGGUUAAAGGAAGGAGCCAACAUCAACAAGUCCCUGACCACGUUGGGCAAAGUGAUCUCUGCCCUGGCCGAGAUGCAAAACAAUAAGAAGAAGAAGUCUGAAUUCAUUCCCUACCGGGACUCGGUGCUCACCUGGCUCCUGAAAGAGAAUUUGGGAGGCAAUUCCCGCACGGCCAUGAUUGCAGCGCUCAGUCCAGCCGACAUCAACUACGAGGAGACGCUGAGCACCCUCCGCUAUGCCGACCGCACCAAGCAGAUCCGCUGCAACGCGGUCAUCAACGAGGACCCCAACGCCCGCCUCAUCCGGGAGCUCAAGGAGGAAGUGGCCCGGCUCCGGGACCUCCUCUCCGCACAGGGCCUCUCCACGGCUACCUUCCUGGGCCCCAAGGCGGAUGACCCAGGAGGGGGGCCGGGGCUCCCCACCUCCCCCUUUGCCCCGAGUGAGGAUUCCCCGCUUUCGCUGGAGCCCAUGGCCCUCAAUGGGGAGUCGGAGCAAUACCUCCCCGACUCGGAGGAGCAGAUCAUCUGCACAGAGGAGGCCAUGGAGCGCCUGCAGGAGACGGAGAAGAUCAUUGCCGAGCUGAAUGAAACCUGGGAGGAGAAGCUGCGGAAAACAGAGGCCAUCCGGACGGAGCGGGAGGCUCUCCUGGCCGAGAUGGGCGUCGCGCUUCGGGAGGACGGGGGCACCGUGGGGGUCUUUUCCCCAAAAAAAACCCCUCACUUGGUGAACCUGAACGAGGACCCCCUGAUGUCCGAGUGCCUCCUUUACCACAUCAAGGACGGCGUCACCCGCGUUGGCCAGCAAAACGUGGACAUCAAGCUGACGGGGCAGUUCAUUAAGGAGCAGCACUGCCUCUUCCGCAGCGUCACAGGAGAGUCCGGGGAAGCCGUGGUCACGCUGGAGCCGUGCGAAGGGGCCGAGACCUACGUGAACGGGAAGCAAGUGAUGGAGCCCCUGGUCCUGCGAUCAGGUAACCGAAUUGUGAUGGGCAAGAACCACGUCUUCCGCUUCAACCACCCGGAGCAGGCGCGCAUGGAGAGGGAGCGUGAGAGCCUCGCCGAGAGCCAGGCCGAGCCGGUCGACUGGAACUUCGCCCAGAAGGAGCUGCUGGAGAAGCAGGGCAUCGACAUCAAGCUGGAGAUGGAGAAGAGGCUGCAGGACCUGGAGGCCCAAUACCGUCGGGAGAAGGAGGAGGCGGACCUGCUUCUGGAGCAGCAGAGGCUGUAUGCCGACUCGGACAGCGGCGACGACUCGGACAAGCGCUCGUGCGAGGAGAGCUGGCGGCUGAUCUCGUCCCUGCGGGAGAAGCUCCCGGCCACCAAGGUGCAGACCAUUGUCCGGCGGUGCGGGCUGCCCAGCUCGGGGAAGCGGCGGGAGCCUCUGCGUGUGUACCAGAUCCCGCAGCGCCGGCGCCUGGCCAAGGACCUCCGCUGGCUGACGCUGGCCGACCUGAAGAUGCAGGCGGUGAAGGAGAUCUGCUACGAGGUGGCCCUCAACGACUUCCGCCACUCGCGCCAGGAGAUCGAGGCCAUGAGCAUCGUCAAGAUGAAGGAGCUCUGCCGCCUCUACGGGAAGCGCGACCCCAACGAGCGCGAGAGCUGGAGGGCCGUGGCCAGGGACGUCUGGGACACCGUCGGCGUCGGGGAGGCGGCGGACAGCGGCAGCAUCAGCGGGAACAACAACAACAACAACGUAGGCGGAGGAGGAGGGACCCCGGGGGGGCGAGGCAGCGCCCCAGGAGCAGACGUGGACGACCUCCGGGCCCACAUCGACAAGCUGACAGACAUCCUGCAGGAGGUGAAGAUCCAGAACAACAUGAAGGACGAGGAGAUCCGGUCCUUGCGGGACCGCGUGGUCAAGAUGGAGAGGGUCAUCCCCAUCUCCGCCCAGGAGGAUGAGGACCUGGAGAACGAGUGGGGCUCGCUGCUCUUUGCGGAGGAGGGCUUUGUCCCGGAGGAGGAGGAGGCGGAGGAGGGUGGCCUGCCGGACGGAGGGCGUCGGGCGGGGGGCCCGGACCCCCUGGGCCCCAAGGAGGCAGCCCCGGAGGGUGAGGCCCGCCGCUCCCCGCCGUCGCCCUCCUGCCUGGAGCGGGUGAGCCGCCUGAUGGAGAAGGACCCCGCCUUCCGCCGCGGACGCCUCCGGUGGCUGCGCCAGGAGCAGGCCCGCCUCCAGAACCUGCAGCAGCAGCAGCUGGCCAAGGGCCUGCGCCAGAGGGCCCAGGGGGGCGGUGGCGGUGGCGGGGGCGGCGUGGUCCCCCACGGGAAGUUCAUCCCCCCGCAGGACUGCAAGCUGCGCUUCCCCUUCAAGAGCAACCCGCAGCACCGCUACUCCUGGGGGCCCAACUCGGCCUUCAUGGUGGGCCCCCCGGGGCAGGGGGAGGCGGCCCCCGAAGACAGCCCCCCACCCGCCAGCCCCCAGCACAAGCGCGGCCACGCAAGGGCUCCCCAGCGGCGCAACUCCCUGGAAGGCGGCGGGGGGCAGCACCCGCACCGGGGCCGCCGGGGCCACGGCCAGGAGCACUUCCAGCCCCGGAAGCACAACUACUACCCCCGGCAGCACCAGCCCUACCCUCAGCACCGGCCCCCGGCGGGGAACAACCACCACCACAACAACCACCACUACAGCGGCGGCUAUGACGGAGGCAACGGCGGCACCCCUCCGCCCCCUCGCAUGCGGCGCCAGCGGUCAGCCCCCAACCUGCAGCAGGAGCGGGAGAGCGCCGUCUGAGUCUGAGGCUGCUUCGGAACCUGGGCAGAGGGUCAGCGGCACAAGGAACACACCCCGUCUGGUCCCGUCCCCCCUUUGACUGUGGCCCCUGAUUCCGGCGGAUGGGCGGACGGACAGACUGCACUAGACGGAGGAUGCGCUUUGUGGUGUGGUUUUGGGGGUGCUGCUGAGAGCCGGGGCUGCGGGGAGCAAGAGGGGGCUUUUCAUUCUUUUAUUUCUUUCUUUCUUUCUUUUUGUGGUGGGGAAUCCAAAGAAUUUUGUGGUGGGGGGUCGGUCUCCCCCUUUGUUUUCAUGGGAGCUGAGUUGGGGAGGGGGGGUCUGUUCCAGGAAGGACUGAGACAGAGGAAGGAAGGGAAGAGAUUUUUGGGGGCACCGGAGGGGAUAUGGGAAGGGGAUGCAGAACAGAGGAGGACCAGCGGUGGGUUCAGAGCAAGUCUGGAGGGUUUGUGGCAGGAAAGAAGGGAGGGAGGAAGGAAGGAAGGAGUGGUGGAUGGAGGAAGAGGGAGGGAUGGGAUAGAACCUUUUUUUUUAAAGAAGCAAAUUGAGAAUAUACUGCAAGUCAUUUCUGGUGUGAGAGAAUUGGCCGUCUGCAAGGACGUUACCCAGGGGUCGCCCGGAUGUGUUCCCAUCCUGUGGGAGGCUUCUCUCAUGCUCAGAGCUGAGCAGAGGAGAUCCCAAUGAAUAGGGUGGGGGGGACAUGCAGCAAAGACCUAGAGAGACCCCCCCCCCCCAAUUUCUCCUUGCACUGCACUUGCACAGUCUUUGCUGUGGUGGAAUGAGGAGCCUCAGAACGGUGGGAAUCCGUUUGGUUUUAGUGCUGGGGAUGGGGAUGUUCCUUGCUGCUUCACCCCUUCCUUUCGGGCCUCUCUUUCUCCCCAAAUGCCUCUCUCUUAUUGUGGGAGCUGCGUUUUGACUGGGACUCCCGGCUGCUGCAAACCCCCUCCCCUUAUUUAAGAGGGGAAGGGGCUAAGGGGUGCAUAAACAAUGGCCGGGUCUUUAAGGGGUUUUGGGCCACACUACAAAACGGUCCCGUCUGCACUGCGGGACUGGCGUGCCUUUGGGGGGUGAUGCGUGUUAUUUGGGAGGGUUCUUUUGCCAUCUUUUGUUGAGGUGGGGGCCCAUCUGCAGCCGCCAGCUUUUGUUCUUUUAGGGGAAGUAGGAUUGCCACUGAGGGCCUGUCUACACUGACCAUUUAAUGCAGUUUCAAACCGAUAUGGAAGAAAGUGGUUUCUCUGUGGAGACAAUUCCAUAGGAAGGUUCCAAAGGCGAGGUGCAAACCACAGAGCACUGAUGAGGCGCAUGAAGGGCUUUCUUGUGCCUCCUUCUGUGGGAGUUUGAAGUGGACUUAAAACCGCAUUAAAUGGCUUCCUUUUUAUGUUUAAUCAAAUCAGAAGCAAAUUUGAGAAUGUACUGCAAGUCGGAACCCCAGUGGCGAAGUGUGUUAAAGCGCUGAGCUGCUGAACUUGCAGACCAAAAGGUCCCAGGUUCAAAUCCCGGGAGCGGAAUGAGCACCCGCUGUUAGCCCCAGCUCCUGCCAACCUAGCAAUUCGAAAACAUGCCAAUGUGAGUAGAUCAAUAGGUACCGCUCCGGUGGGAAGGUAACGGCGCUCCAUGCAGUCAUGCCAAUGGCCACAUGACCUUGGAGGUGUCUACGGACAAUGCCGGCUCUUCGGCUUAGAAAUGGAGAUGAGCACCAACCCCCAGAGUGUGAGUAGAUCAAUAGGUACCUCUCCGGCGGGAAGGUAACGGCGCUCCAUGCAGUCAUGCCAAUGGCCACAUGACCUUGGAGGUGUCUACGGACAACGCCGGCUCUUCGGCUUAGAAAUUGAGAUGAGCACCAACCCCUAGAGUCGGUCACGACUGGACUUAACGUCAGGGGAAACCUUUACCUAUUUUACUGCAAGUCACUUCCGGUGUGAGAGAAUCGGCCGUCUACAGAGACGUUGCCCCGGGGGACACCCGGAUGUGUUACCAUCCUGUGGGAGGCUUCUCUCAUGUCCCUGCAUGGGAAGCUGGGGCUGACAGAUGGGAGCUCACCCCCGUCUUGCUGGCCUUUAGAUCUUUAGUCCAGCCGUUACAAGGGCUUGACCCAUGGACGGUGUGGUUAAGCACUGGUUUUUGAGGCCAUUGAAGGGUCCGAGGGUGGGUUUGUUUUGGGAGUCAGUCAGUGCUUCCAAUCCCUUGUAAACACACACACACACACACACACACAGGACAGAUGCUGCCACAGAGGCAGAGGGGCUUCUGCCCCUGAGCCACUUGCUCUUUCCUAAGAGACCCCCACUCACUCACUCAUCCACUGGGGUUUUUUUUGGGGGGGGGAGGCUUGUCUGUUUUUUAAGGGGGGUCUCUUUGGAUACAAUUCUCUCCUUGUGCUUCUUGGGGGGGGGAUCAUGAGGCGGGGUGGGUGGGAUGUGUGCCUUCCUGGUGUCCUUUUGCGCACCCCCCCCCCCUUGCAAUGUGCUGCCCUCGGACAUCCCGGCCAAAGGAAGGUCGGUCCUGCCUGGUCACCCCCAUCCGGGUUCAAUAAAGGCGGCAGCCCCACUGCCGGACACUGUC